AUGACCAUUACGGACUUCACCGUGCGCAAAAAGAGCUACCGCUAUCUCACCACCCAGGCGAGCUACCCAAACCAUGAUUCCAAGGCGGUCCUCGAUGCCUUCGAUCCCACCAAAGACCUUCAGUUGCAAGAUCUGACCGUCCUUGGACCAAAAUAUCUGACGGCGAAUCAGCAAGCUCGAUUCAACAGCAUUCAUCGUCAGGCCUAUGAGAUCCACCAAAGGGCUGAGCGCAACUGCCGGAAACUGCUGAUGGGUAAAGUUCACUGGUCACCACAAAUGCAGCAGAAAUGGGAUAGGCUGCACCUUUACCAUCUCCUGAUCUUGGGCCAUAAACAGGUCAGAACUAGUUCACGGAAGGCGCCGCGUUUGUUGAAGAAGACAGGGCUGAGCGAUGCAUGGAAAUUGUUGGAGUCUGCCCUACAGGCAAAGUGGCACCUUGAAUACCAAGCCUACAAGGAGGUCAAGCGGAAGCGGGUACAGCAGUGGCGCCUGGAAUAUCUGGAGAACCGAUCGGCAGCGGUCCAGAAAGCAAAGAAGAGCAACAUCAAAGCCCGUACCAGACGGACUCAAGUCCAGCGGAUGGCACAAAAAGAGGAGACCCGACGGCGCAGGAAAGCCCAAGGCAAAGGCUUCUCUGGCGGCCUCCAGCAGAUCAAAGUGGCACAAGAUGGUACCUCCCAUUAG